AUGGACGCUCGGGCGAGGGCGAAAGCCGCUGUCGCCAUCGAGGGGGCCCGCUGUGGGUCUGAGCAUCUUGGACCGUCGCUCAAUGUGCAGCCUUGUUGGAGGACCCCAUUUGCAGACUAUUCGGAUCCGGGCGACCUGUCCACGGAGGACCCUGCAGCUGCCAAGGCCGCAGAUGAAAUCGCGUCUUUGCUGGAUGACCUAGCGAUGGGCCCCAGGGGCUCCUUGACAGUCCGCUUGAUGCGCUGCCUGCGCCUCACGAUGCACAUCCAGCAUCUGCACCUGGCCUACAUGCUCAGCGUCCUUGGCUGCUGCCUCAACAACCUCCACAGGCACGCCGAGGCUGAGACUGUGCAUCGCCGCGCCCUCUCUGUGGGCCUCUCGGUCCUGGGCAUGGACCACCCCAACCUGGCGGAUUCCAUCGAGUGGCUGGCGUUCUCCCUGUUCCGCCAGGGGAAUUUCAAGGAGGCCGUGCUGCUGUGCUACACCAUGACCGUGCUGGUGCAGCGCUCCGUGGGGCAGUCUCACCCCGAUAUGGCCAACUGCAUGUUCAACCUGGCCACUGUGGUGGACGCGAUGGGCCUGGGGGCCCACGCUGCUGACCUGCGGUGCAAGGGCCUGGGCGUGAUGGACCUGGUCUAUGGCCCGCAGUGCGUGGCCGGGGACAGCUACGUUGGGGGGUGGGAUGCCAUCCACAGCUGGCAGUGCGGCUCAGGCGAGUUCGACAGCGCUGUUUGCGACGAGCCAUACUGGGUGCUGGCCCCGCACUAUGCGGACAAGGUGCCGGACGCCUACGCCAUGGACAGCCUGGGUUUGCCUAACUGUUGGUACGAUUGCAGGGAGGACUUGUUCAUGGGGUCGGGCGGGUCGGACGAGAGCUGCAGCACGGUGGACGUGCAGUUCGGGACGCACUGCCCUGAGGACAUCCUUGAGGCGGAUCGGGAUGCGGGGAUUUCUUUCUGGGGGGCGCCUGGUGUGGGAGUGUAG